GUCGUUCGUCUGGUGCAGUUCCCCCAAAAGGGCCAAAGUAUUGCGAGUAGGAUUAAGCAGCGGUUUUAGUUCCAGCGGCCAUUUGAUUAUUUUUAGUGGCGAUAAAAUAGCGCCAUUAAAGCUAUCGUGAACUGCUUAAUUUUGUUCUAGCGGCGCUAUUCGAUUAUUUUUAGUGGCGAUAAAAAGCGCCAUUAAAGAUAUCGCGAACAGCUUAAAACGACUUUUCUUCUGUCCCGUCCCUGUAAACAAACGACACGCGAAGGGUGAGAGAGGAAGGGAGAGAGAUGGGAGGAGGGCAACUGUUGCAGAGGAUUCCCCGCAUUAGGUUUCCUACAAGACACCCAAAUUCAGGCUCUACAUCCCACAUGGAAGUUGCGUCCAAAGAUGGGGAUGCUCAUUAUACUUUCUCUUCAAGAUCUGAUGUUCCAGCAGCACCCAAAAAUACUGCUGUGGGUGGGAAAGCUUCUCUUCUGCCAAAACGCACCCCUGUCUCAGACAAGGAGGUAGAAGCUAUUUUGUUGGGUGCCUGCUUCUGAUAUUUUGACUCUUGCUUCAUGGGAGGCUGUGCAGUGCAAUUGAAACCUUAAUGGUCUUUUUUCUUUUUUUUUUCCGAUCUCCAUUUUUCUGAAACAUGUGCCUGUUGAUCUUCAUAAGAGUGCAGCUCCAUCACAAUGUCGUGAGGGAGUUGCAAGGAAACAAGUUAUAGACCUACUGUGAUAAUAUAAAUACAGAUUGUAUCAA